GAAAAGUUGAAAAUUUAUUAAUUCUAAAAACUGAUCAUUUAGUGACAAUUGAGGCAAUUUUGUUAUUUAAUAAAAAUAUUGUGGAUAUUAAAGCACCAAAAAAACGACUUGGCAUGACUUUGAUCCUUUUUUGAAACUUCGUCAAAAUGAAUCAAGAACUCAACAUUAUUGACAACAAUUGCUGUCCUAUUGACCAACGAUUCAUAUUUGAAAUGACCAAAUCUAGAAAAAACACCAAAAACGAAGGACACGCAGUUUACAAGAUUCUAAAAUUUUCAUCAGAAUGGACGCACGAAGAAGUGAUUAGACAAAUUUCAAAAUUGAGUCCUUCAACUUAUCCAAAUUUAUUUAUAUUCGUGGUUGAAUUAAAUGAGUUAAAAUUCUUGGGAUCAAAAUCAGCACAAAAGAAUGUGAUAUUCAAGAUUAAAUUGUUGAAAAAUAUUUUGCUUAACUUUUGUGAAAAUCGAUCAGCAAUCCUCCAGGUAACAUCAAAAACUGAAAAAAUAACAAAAUUUUAUUACAAAGAAAAGCGUUUUGAUGAGUUUUUGGAUGUCAGUUUACAGCAGAAUCAGCAUGAAGUCAUUAAAGAUUUUUCAACAUUUUUAAAAAGUUUAUUGAAAGGAGAACUUCCUGAAUUGGAAUCAGAUUUGAUUGAUCAAAUUAUAAUUGCAGAGCAUUUUGAAUUGAUUUUAAAAAUAAUUCAAAUUUUGGAAUUUUCAAAAAAGUUUUAUAAUGAUUUAAUUUUAAAAUGUGCUGCAAAGAGGUCAAGUGAGAAUUUAAUGGAUAUAUGGAAUAUACAAGGUCAUAGUUUCGAAGAUGAAAUUGCAAAUACAAUUAUCAAUGAAGGCACAAACAUCUCAGGACUGUCAGUUGCUGUCGAAAAUUCCAACAUCGAAGUUGUCAAUUUCUUAGUUAAAAAUAUGCCGCAUUUAAUCAGCAAACUACCAUUUGAGCAUCAAAUAGAAGUCACUACAACAGCACUUAACUCCAAAAACUAUGAAAUUUUAUGUGAUUUGAUUGAAUUUGCUGACUUUCCGUUUCCAAAAGGUUUUGAAACCAUAAAAAUUGACAAUACGAGAUUAUGUCAAAUUUUAAAAGACCGAGAAGAAUUUUCGGCAGCAAUCCUGGAACAAAAUAUUGAAAAAAUGUCAAAAUUUAUCGAAAAUAAUUCAACCCUUAAAAUUGUGUACAGCAUUUAUAAUGAGUCAGCACUUUGUUUAGCAUUGGAUACUAAAAAUUUUAAAUCGUUUUGCUAUUUAAAGUCUCUUGGGUUCUUAGCGAUAGAAUUCGAUCGUUAUAAACAAUUUAUUGAUGACGAUAAAGAUUUGGAGCUGAUUUCCGAGCAGACUAUGCAACAAACGAAAGAUAAUGUUGAAGACUCUCUAGCUGAUGAACAAAAGGCAGUCAAAUUAUUGACAUUAAGAUCAUUCAUUCAUAACAAAAGAAUUGAUAAGCAGACAGAAGUGGAUUAUCGACGUAAAAUCAAAAAAUGGUAUAAAGAUAUUUAUGAUAGUAAAUUCGGAUCAGAACUCCUUGAUGCUGCAUCACAAUGUAGUCAUUUGAAAAUAAUAUUUGACUUUGAAUGUAAAACUAUCGAGAACAUGGACAUGCAAGAUAUUGGAGCCUUAGGAUCAACAUACACUGGAUAUAAAUGGAUAUUCAUUGCAGCACAAACGUCCGACAAUUUGAACCAAGAGCUGCAAAUUAAAGGAAUCAUUGCACAUGAGUUGUGUCAUUAUGUCCUACGAAUAGUUUAUGAAAAUCAGGAGAAGCCGUAUCGAAUAUGCAGCCAUGAAGUUUCAAUAGUUUUUGAGGCUAUAGUAUCGAAUUAUAAGGAAUUAUUAAGCAAUGAUAUCAAAGAUAAUGUUGAUGAUGGAUGUGAAGGAAUCAUUUCAACAGUCUAUAAAAAAUAUGCAAGUGAAGAUCAUGUUGCUGAGUUGAUUGUGAGGGUUCCUCAAAUAUUGGCGCAAUUUGUACGUGACCCAGAAAAAUGCAAUGAAAUAACAACUAGAUUCAACUUGUUGUUUGACUUUUAUGAGCAAUAUGUUGUGCCUGAGUUGAGAAAGUUUAAUCUGACAAGAUUGGAAGACAUCCGAAAAUUGAACAAAAAUAUUGGAAUUUUGAAGGAACUUGAACAAAAUUUGUGUGACUUUUCAACCACAAAGGAGCCAUGUGAUUAUAUUAACGAAGAUCUUGUCAUAAUAAUCACAAAUAUUCCAAAACUCUUCCUUAUCAGCAUUUUCAAUUAUUUCCAAAAUAAAUAUGCAAAUUUUAUAGAUUCAUCUGUGAUAUUUACGGCCUCAGAUAUCCUCAAAAAUCAAUCAAUGUUUACCGAUUUUAAAAAAGUUGUAGAUGAAAAUAGAAAUUUAUGUGUUUUUGUGGACUGUUUUGGAGAUUUUGGAAGUAACAUCAAGCACAUAGUUGUUAACAGCUCAUCAAAAUACUUCUUUGUUGUAUUCUACGAUGAAGAUUAUGAUGACUUGGCAGAAUACCUAAAGGAUGUCAAUGCAAAAAUAACAAAAAAGGAAAUAAGUUUUUUUUGGAAUGAUUUGGACCCGAAAACGCAAGAAAAUUUACUAAAAUCAAAAGUUAAGUUUCAAACAAAACCAAAAAUUCCUCUGAUUGACUUGCUGGAAGUUAAAAACGAUCAAAAUGAGAAUUUAAACAAAAUUCUUGAUUAUCAGUUGUUGGAUUUAUUGAUUAAUCGAUCGGAAGUAACUAUCAAUGUAGAUUCUGUGAACAUAGUCGACGAUAAAGCAUUCAAGUCAUUAUUUAAAAAUAGAAUUCUUAUAAAAACAUUUAAAAUUCCAACUCAAGAUCUCAAUGAAGACAGCUCAGUUCCAGUUAAAGCUAUUAACUCAAUCGAAGUAUUUCCAGAUGAAAUGCUCCAAAAUUCAACGAAUAACAACAUCAUCUUAAUAUCUGAUGUCGCUGGAACUGGUAAAAGCUGGAUACUCAAAAACAUAACAACUAAAUGCAAGACGCAAUAUCCACAAAGAUGGAUUACUUAUGUGAAUUUGAAUCAAUGCAUCAAUUUGAUAAAAUCCCAAAAAACUGACAUAACGUACGUCCGCUUCAUGACACAAUUAAUAUUAAAAUCUAAAAAUAAUUUUGAAAAGAGAAUUUACGAAAAAAUGUACAAAAAUGGAGCCACGUGCGUCCUAUUUGAUGGAUACGAUGAGAUUGCCGCAGAUUAUGGUUCAUUUUUGAUCAAAAUGUUUCGAUCAUUUGAAGCUAAUAAUGGCAAUCAAUUAUGGAUCACAACUAGGGAUUAUCUUGAGAAGGAUUUACAGGAAAAGUUGCAUCUUACUACAGUUUACAAAAUUAAGCCAUUUACUAAAAGUGAUGGGAUAGAUUUGAUAGCUUUACAUUGGAUGGUAGAUGAAAUUGAAGAGGACUCAAAAACAUUUCAUGAAUUAGCUCAAGCCUUGUGCAGUAAAAUCUCAUCAGAUGAGCACAAUUUAAUUGGAAUUCCUCAAUUCUACGCAUUGAUUGCGGACGUCUUUAAAGACAACAAAAUUACGGAUGAGAAAAUUUCAAACUAUUUCAUUUAUUUCAAAUUUGUGGAGAAGCAAUUCGGAAUUUGGGCAUACGAAAAUGUAGCAUCCAGAAAGCAAGACCGAAUUGAUGCAGAAAGCAAGUCACUGACAUACACAGAAAUCCACCAGUAUCUUGCCAUGAGAGGAUUAUUUCCAAAUAUUUCACAAUUUUGUCAACUUAUCCGUGAUAUCAUCGACUGGCCUGACAAUAAGAUAGCUGACUGUGGAAUGACAACAAAAAUUGAAGACAUUUUAAGUUUUUCACAUAAGACUUUGAUGGAAUAUUUUGCGGCUGACUUUAUCGUCAAAAACUUAAAGAAUAACUAUUGGCAAAAUUUUGCAGACUUUUUUAGGUUUUUGACAAAAUUCUUGACAGAUCCACGAUUUAAUAUUGUGAGGAUGUUCUUUAAUGAUGCUUUGUCUGACGGUGUAGUUUUAAGGAAGCUAGACAAUAAGAUUCAAAGAUUCUCAAAAGAAUUCAGCCAAAAUUCAACUGGAUUAGAGAACUUUUCAGCAGUUUUUAAAGAAAAUCAGGAAAAUCUUGUAAAUUUUCUGUUACUUAUCCUGAAAAAUGGAAGCUAUGACAAAGUUAAGAAUCUUUUGCAUCAAAAUAUUCGAGAAAUAAUCAGCAAUACUCAAAAUUCACAGCAAAUCAUAAAGUUCCAAUCAUUUUACAUUGGAUUCCUAACUCCAGUAGACCUAAAAGACUUUUUGGUCAAAAGAAAUGUUCUCGUCCAGUUAAUAAACUCUAAACUUGAUUUAGUCGUGUUUGAGGAUUUAAUAGAAAGACUGGAAGAAGAAAUCGAUGUUAAACAUUUAGUAAAGCACAGAGAUCAUGUUGAUAGGAACUUAUUAUCCUCAUUGUGUUGGUCAAAAGGCUACAAUGCAGAUAUACUAGCAGGAAUCCUAAAACUUGUAAAAAAAUAUUUAAAUAAUUUAGAAAUAUUUGAUAUGAUAGAAAAAUGUGACAGUAAUGGCAACAACAUGCUGCACAUUUGUGUAGAGAAACAAAAUGGUGAAUCUUUGAUAUUUACGUGGAAAGAGUUAGAAAAUUUUUGCUCUCAAUUUAUGCCCGAACAAAAGUUUAAAGACAUUAUUAAUCAGCAAACAUCAAUCAAUAAUCACAGCCUGCUGCACUUAGCUGCAAGUUGCAAAAAUCUUGAUUUUCAUUCAAUUGUAUGGAAUCUUGUGUCCAAAAAUUUAGAAAAUCGAGAAGAUCUUUGGAGUUUAAUAUCAAAACAAGACAAAAAUGGCUACAACUUUGUUCAUCAUCUUGUGAGCAGCAAUACAGCAAUUGUCGUUGACUUUACAUUCUUAAAACUCAAAGAAAGGCUCAGCGAUGCACACUUCAAAAUGAUUCUGAAUUCCAAAGGAUUUGCUAAACGAAACUUACUUCAAACAGCCGUCUGUAACACAAAAGACAUCAACCUACAUCAAGUUCUUUGGACAGUUUUCAAAAAUACAUUUAAAUCUGGAAAAGAACUGCUCGAUGUUCUCAAUGAAGUUGACAUUUACUUCUGGAAUGUCUUCCAACUUGCUGCAUCAUUUACAACAGAUGAAAUUUUUGAAUUUAUAAUUAAUGAAGUUGAACAAAUUUGUCAAAUUGAAGAAAUUAAGAAAGUUUUAGCAAACACAAAGACCUGGAAACGAAGCUUGUUGUUGACAGCUGCUGAAUGCAAUAAAUCUGCUAAGCUUCAUGAAACUUUAUGGACGUAUAUUCAAAAAUAUUUCAACUCCACUGAAGUUAUGGAAAUUGUAAGGCAGACAAGUAAGGAUGGGAAGAAUCUGUUGAUGAUAACUAGUGAGAAGAAUACGCAAGAGGUUACGAAUUUGACAUGGAAGCAAAUCCUUAAAUCAAUUGAUAAGAAUGAGAAUAAUAUUAACGAAUUAAUAAAAAUGAUCCAACCUCACGAAGUCGUUCUCAAAAGUAUUUUAAACAUUCAAAUUUUUAAAGAUGACUCAACAAAAAUUCCAACUAAAAACCUCAUCAGCGAUCCAUUUGGAAUAUUUCCAUCAAAGCAGAUAUCUUAUAAAGAUUCAAAUGACUUAAGAUCUUAUGCAUCAUGUGAUCGACUAGAAGUACAUGAAAGUUUGUGGGAAUUUAUGAUUAAAACCUUUGAAAAUCGCGAUGAAUUACAGAAUUUAAUCUUGCAAAAAGACGACGAAGGAAACAACUUUUUGCAUCUCUUGACAAUCAGCAGCACAUCAGGAAUUAUUGAAUAUACUUUCGGAGUCCUCAAAAAUAAUUUCAACUUUAAGCAGUUCCAAGAUACUUUAAACUCAAAAGGAUUUCAUGGAAGAAAUUUAUUCCAUACAGCUGCAUGUGCAUCAAGGAAUAUCGAGGUCCAUCGAACUCUAUUAACCAAUCUAAGAACGUCUUGUAAAUCAGAAAAGGACGUCUUUGCAACUCUAAAUGAAGUCGAUGACGAAAAAAGAAACAUUUUGGAAUGUCUGUUGUGCUUUUCAAGUCCACACGUGACAAACUUUAUGAUUGAGGAAUUGUUAAAAAUUGAAUCUAGUGACUUAAUUAAAAAUCAAAUGGAAAAUAUCAAUGCUUUUAAGGAAAACCUUCCACAAUCAGUUAUUCGACAUAAUAAGUCUAUCGAUUCACAUCAAAAUUUGUGGACAACUCUUUGUAAAUAUUUUGAUACUUUAGAAUUGAUGGAAAUGAUAAAGCACAAUGACAUCGAAGGUAAGAACAUCCUGCAAGCCUCAAUUGCUUAUAAUUCAGUUGAGAUACUUAAAACUACAUGGCAGGAAGUAAAUAACAUUGCGGAUAAUUUUGAUGGCAAGGAACUGAUCGACUUGAUUCAGCAUAAAGACAUAAAUGGAAGAAAUUUGAUGCAUUUGUGCAUUGACUCGCAAAUGGAAGCAAAACUUGAAUUCUUAUGGACGAAAAUUGAAGAAUAUUUCAAUAAUGAGCAGUUUGAAGACUUUGUAGCGCAGCAAUCAUCUUCAAAAGGUCACACCAUCUUUCAUCAUGCAGCAUAUUGCCAACAAGUCGACUUCCAUGCUAUUUUAUGGACACUGGUGAAGAAUUCAUUUAAAUCUUAUGAUAAGUUGAAGAAUUUGGCAUUGCAAGUUGAUAAAGAUGGCAAUAACUUCUUACAUCUAUCUGUAGUUGAGAGUGAUCCGAAAGUCAUUGAAGUGACAUUCAAAAUCCUUCAAGAAAGCUUAAACGAAGCUGACUAUUGCAACAUUUUAAAAUCAACAGGCUUUGAAGGAAGGAACAUCAUCCAGCGAGCAAUUUGUGAAUCAGAUAAUCCAGAAAUGCACCAAAAUUUAUGGAAAAUUAUUAAAACUUCAGACAAGAUGUUCUUACAAAUUAUAGGGCACAAAGAUGAUCAUAAAAACAACAUAUUCCAUCUCCUAGCAUGCUUCUCAUCAUGUGAAAUCUUUGACUUGACAGUUACAAAUUUAGAAAAAGUUGCAUCACGCGAAGAAAUUAAAAAUUUAAUAAUUAGCUUGGAUUUUUGGAAGCGAAACUUCUUACAAAUCAUUGCAGAAUCGGAUAAAUCUUUGAAAUUCCACAAAAGCUUAUGGGCAGUCAUUCAAAAGCACUUAGAUGCACAUGAAUUAUUUGAAAUGAUCAAAAAUAGAGAUGAAGAUGGGAAAACUUAUUUGAAGACUAUAAAUGACCAAAAUGAUCAAAAUUUGAUAGUAUUAAGUUGGGAUGAAAUGUCAAAAUUUGUUAAUGGAAGUGAUCAAGAUGAGAAGGAGCUAAUGGAUGUCAUCAAAAAUUACGACUCAAUACUAAACUUCAUUUUAAAAGCUCCAAAUGUUCUCAAUGAUCCUUUUCAAAUCCUAAUGACAUCAACUGCCAACAAAGAAGGCUCAAAUGAUUUACAAGCUUAUGUCACAUGUGAUCAAAUUAAAGUACAUCAGGGCCUUUGGGAUUAUUUGUUAAAAACUUUUCAGAAUCAAGAGGAACUAAAGAAUUUUAUAAUUCAAAAAGAUGAGGAAGGCAAGAACUACAUUCAAGUUUUAGUGGCAAAAAAUAAAAUUGAAAUAAUUGAGUUCACAUUCAGAGUGAUUAAUGACAUUUUUGAUGAUAGUCAGUACCUCGAGAUAGUCAAGUCAAAAACUUCAAAAGGCUCAAAUUUACUUCAAUUUGCUUUGCAAGUAACGACGGACAUCAACAUUAUUAAAUUUAUUUGGAGAGUUUUAGAAAAUUCAAGCAAAUCAGAUCAAGAAUUCUCCGAAUUUCUCAUAGAAGUGAACUCCGAGAACAGGAACAUUUUGAACAUUUGUGCUGCACAUUCGACUGAAGAAGCUUUAGAAUUUUUAAUCAGCAAAUUAAACAAAAUUGAAAGUUUAGAAAAUAAUCGACAACAUUAAGGAAUUUAAAUAUUUUUCAAAGAAGUCUUUUGCAAUCAGCAGUUAUCAAAGUUAAACCAUUAAGCUUUAUUACAAGUCUUUUUGAAAUGAUUUUUAAAUACUUCUCAACAUUAGAAGUGUCCGAGAUCAUAUCAAAUACUGAUACAUUUGGAAGGAACAUUUUACACAAUUGUGUUGGCGCCAAAAAUAGUGAAAAUUUAAUUUUUAUUUUUAAUAAAUGCGAAAAUGUUUUCAAACUGCUAGAUUUGGAACCAAAGUUUAAAGAUCUCUUCAAAAAGCACACAAAUGACCAGAAAUUCAAUGUUUUAGACCACGCUGGGUAUUGCAAGGAUUCCGAGUUUCAUGGAACUUUUUGGAUUUUCUUGUUAAAAAUAUUUCAAGAUCGAAAUGAAUUGAAGGAUUUAGUCAUGCACAAAACAAAAAAUUUAAACAAUUACAUCAACAUCCUAGUAUCCGAAAAUAAUGCUGAGAUUUUCUUCAUGACAAUCAAAAUUUUGAAAAAGAAUCUUAAUGACAGUCAAUAUCUCGAAAUUUUAACAUCCAGGAGCUUUAAUGAAAGAACUCUUCUACAAAGAGUUGCGUGCUCUUCGAAAGAAAUCACAAUGCAUCAAGCUGUUUGGGAGACUGUUCAAGAUUUAUACAAAUCACACGCUGACUUCCUUAAAAGCCUUGAAGAUUGUGAUAAAGAUGGCGACAACUUGAUUCAUCUUGCAGCACGUUUUGGAUCAAAUUACACAUUUGAAUUCACAAUUUUAAAACUUGAAGGAAUUUUAUCAAAUGAGGAAAUCAAGAAAUUUCUCAAAACUUUAGGAUGUAAAGAUAGGAAUUUUAUGCAACGUGCAGCAUCAUGGAAUAAAUCACUUCCAACUCAUGUUGUCUUGUGGAAAACUUUAUCAAAAUAUUUCUCAAAUACUGAAAUUGUUGAGUUUAUCAAGCACACAAUUGCCAAAAAUGCUGAACUUAAUAUGUUUGCUUUGGCUGUUAGCUACAAUACUAAAGAAGUUUUGGACUUUACAUGGAAGAAAAUCAAAUUUUACAUCAAAAAGAGAGAGGAUCAAGUUAAUUUUUUAAAAGGAACUUGGCAAAUUGGAGAGACUUUGCAUGAACUGUCGAAAAAAAAUAAAAAUGAUCCGGGAGUUCAAGAAUGGGUUGAGAAUUUGCUAAGUGAGUAUAAGUUGGAGUCCAUCAUUAAUGAAGAGUCGUAUAUGAAAAAGAUUAGGAAGCUUAUUGGAUAAAUUCGGGGAUUGUUAUUUGAAAGUGGACAUCAAAGCAUCUUUUGAUAUAUUUUUAUUAAAUGUGUUGUAUUAAGUUCAAUAAAAACUAGUUAUGGACAUUUAAUAACCUUCACUCAUCCUACUUAAUCUCGACUACAACAUAGCUAUGUCCAAACCUAGUCUACAUUCUUUAACAUAGAAAAUUUGAUUACAAAACAUUUUAAUUGUGUAUCUAGUUACAUUUAAAGCUAGCUAUGUUGUCUCUAAACGCUUUUAAGGCCCACAUGGAUGGAAAUAAAACUGCAGCCGUUCAUAUUUAUCGUCAUAUUCUUCCUGACUUAUCAUUACAAAAUCAAUUUUGUCAAAUUUCCUUUCUAGCAGUUCCUUUUUCUUCAUUAAUGGACUAUUAGUCAAGCAAUAAUUUCCAACAACAUUUGUGACUUUUCCACUGCUUAUAAACAGUUUUAAGACAUCAUUUGAUGGAAGCAGCAGUUCCAAUGACUUUAAACCACGAAUUUUUUGAAUAAAUCUUUCAUGAUUUUCGACAAUAAAUUUUAAAAAUUUCUCAUAAUUGACAUUCACGAUUGUUAAGCUCUGAAGUUUUGGGAGAUUUUUGGCAAUUUGUGUCCAACUUGCGAUAUCAAAAAGGACAUCCUCGUAGGUUAUGACGAGACUUUCAAGAUUUGGACUGGACAAAUAAUGCAGGAGGUCCUGAUUGCAGCUUUCAAUAUGAAAUUCCUUCAAAUGUCUCAAAUUUCUUAGCGGAUUUGCAGUCACUUUGAUAUCCGGAUAGCAUCCGAAAAGUCGAUGAUCAAUUCCAAAAUGAACAUUGAGGCAUUUGAGACCAGGCAGGCUGGUUGUGUCAAAUUCAUCAAAGUUUUGAUUUUUAUUCCCUCGAUAAUAUCGGAAGUAUGUCAAAUUUUUCAGCACGACAAGUUCCUUGUCUUCUUCAGUUGGACUUUGUGGCUUCUGGAUGUUGAAAUAAGGCAGCAGACCAUGAGUUGUGAGGCUUUUGAGGUUCUUAAGUUUUGAUAUUCCAUCAGCAAUUUCAGCUUCGCAGCUCCAUGAAAAGACUCGAAGUUCUUCAAGGCAUUCGGACUGUUUAAGUAGGAAUUUAUUCAAGUAUGUGUAGUCACAUUCAGCAUAGAAUGAUGGAACGAUCCUCAACGUAUUAAGCUUGAAGUUCAUCUUGUCAAUCGUCUCAGCUGAAAAUAUUAUAUCCAUUUGACCAACUUUAAGUUCCAGACACAGUAAGUCAUUUUGUUGACACAGGAAUGAAAUCAGUGAUUCAUGAUGAAUUUGAGUCUCGACGGAACUUCGAAAACAGAACUUUUUUAAAUUUUUACAGUUCCUUAGCUCAUGAAAAAUCACAGCUGGAUCAAUUUUGUAGAAAAAAGCUUCCAAAUUUUCAAGUUUUGUCAAAUUUAAUUCACCAAAAAUUUCAUCUUCACAUUCGAGUAAGCUCAUUAACUGUGCAAUUAUGAUGUCAUCCUGCUCAUUAUCAACUGAUCGCUGCUUAUGCAAUCGCUGUGAAUUCAUGAGAUUCAAUUUAAGCUUUAUUGUCUUUGGCAUAAAAUGCAAUAGCCUGAAAUAUAUGCAAGAUCCAUUACUGCACUCAAUUUCAACGUUCCUCACAUAUUUUCCAUAUUCCUUAAUAAAUGGCACUUUGGAUUUCCAAUUUUUCUCAUUCAACCUCAAUGUUAAUUUCUUCAUGAUGUCUGGUGAGUGAAUGAUUACAUCUCGGAAUGAACUUGAUGCUUCAAGGCAUGAUUUGAGGGAAAAUAUGUCAAGAUGGAUGAGGACUAGCUCGAUAAGCUCCGGUGAUAAGUAGUUGAGCAUUAUUGCUGGAAGAAAAAUGAUAGGAAUUGAUUAACAACUUGAUAUGGAGUUAAUG